UUUUUAUAUUCAAAUUAAAACCCGCCUUAAAUAUUAUUCGAGCACAUGGUAAAUUGUGUCUUCAUGUUCAUGUUUAUACAAAGUUGACAGUAAACAAGAGGUUAAAAAAAAAAUUUAAUAUUUUAAGUGAAAAGUGUUAAUAAAAAAAAUUAAUAAUGGCGUCACUUUAUCAAACUCUUUAUCCUAUGAAAUUUCUCCGUGACUACUUGACACAAGAAAUUCGUCCAGAUGGACGUGAAUUUUUAAAUUACCGUCCGGUUAACGUCAACGUAUCAUCAAUAACAAAAGCCGAUGCAUCGGCGAUUUAUAAAAUCGGCAACACUAAAGUUGUCUGUGGUAUUAAAGCUGAAUUAGCGGAGCCAAAAUCCGAAACACCAGACUGUGGAUACUUGAUACCAAAUGUAGGACUGACCCCCCUCUGUUCAUCAAAAUAUCGGCCAGGGCCACCCAGCGAAAAUGCGCAAACUGCAACUAAAAUAAUUGACGAUAUUUUAAAUCAUUCACAAGCAAUUGAUUUGCGUGAGCUCUGUAUCUGUAAAAAUAAAUUAGCCUGGGUACUGUACUGUGACUUGGAGUGCAUUGAUUGCGAUGGUUCAUUAAUUGAUGCCUGCAUCGGUGCGCUUAUGGCCGCUCUUUCCACUCUAACAUUACCAGAGAUAAAUUACAACCCAGAAGCAAAAACGACUGUCGUACAUCCAAGUAAUCGUCACCAGUUGACGUUAAAAUGUUUGUUAUCUUCAAAUACUUUCGCUAUUUACGAUGAUGAAUUAAUACUCGCAGAUCCUACGGAAGAAGAGGAAGCAUUAUCUUUAAGUAGGAUUACAAUUGUUAUAAAUGAAAAUGGAAUAUGUUUUGUACAUAAGCCAGGCGGAAGACCAAUAUCGCAACAAUUACUUAUGCUGUGUAUUGAUCAGUCAAAAAAACGUUCUGAAAAAAUUUGUAAUUUAAUUAAAACUGCGGUUGCUGACUUGUAAAUAAAAAUAUUCAUAAAUUAUGUUUUUUUGGUACAAAAAUUUUGUUCUUAUUUUCUCAACCAUCA